AAACUGAAGGACCCCUUUACCAACUCUCGGCUACGACUCCCGCUGAGCAGUAUAAUCCGAUACAUCCUGGCCUGAAUGUUUCGGGCUUCGCUACGGUCUGCCUCAGACCCUCUUCGCGAACAUGUCUGCUUGUCGUGUUUGACCCGGAGGUUUGGAGGCAACAUCCGUUGGCGCCCAUUUCACACCACUCUUAUCCGUCGCAAUGAGUCUGGCAAUGGGACAGCUACCAACGGGAUGGCGCAGUCUAAUGAGCCGCCGAAGUCCGCACCAGUUCCGGAGAACAAAAGCAUACUAGUCGAAGCGAAGCCACGAAGUCCGGAUUCGAGUUCGAAGGAUGACCAGAAACCAGCGGCGCAAGAGCCCGGCUCCGAGACGGCCACUCAAACCACACAAGAAACCUCGAAGAAUACCUCCAAGGGCAAGAAAAACACUGAGCGGAAAACUCGAAAAGCAGUAGCUCGAGAGGCACGAAGAGCCGCAACACUAGAGAAGGAACGGAAGAGAGCCGAACAAGCUGAAUUGCGUGCUAAAGCCACCAAAGCUAAGACAACAAAGGCCAAGGGCAACCCGGAUGUAGCCUCUGCGAUAAGCAAAGGUCCGCAAUUGACCCCCGCCCAAAAAGCGAGGACUGCAACCAAUGCCGACAGAGAGAGUGCUGGAAAUGUGGCGUUUCUUCUUAACGAAUCGCACAAGAGAGUCACCGGUUCUAUCAACAAAGAGCAGGUGUCACUUGCACCUUUGGAUGUGGAAACGCCGAAAGUCCCGCGUCUUUCCUUUGGCCUCGAGAGAGUGCUGUUCAACCCCGGUGUCUACAACCUCCGCGAUCCCCGAUCCCGAGUAUACAACUUUGACCCCUAUCUGGGUUCCAUCAUGCCUGUCACCGAGUUCGACUUUGAUGCGCUGAAAGAAUACAUUACAUCCUCCAAGGACACCACAUUACGCGACAUAGCUCGGAAAGAGAAGAAGAAAUAUGUCGGUUCGUCGUCGAGUAUGACGUCGGUUCUUUCACAGUUCCAUUAUCUCCUCUCCUCGUGGCGAGGGAUCAAUACACAAACUUUGUCUCAAGGGUUCCCGGAUAAGCUGCGGACUUUCACCCGGCUCCUGCGGGCGCCUUCCGCUAUGUUCCUUCGUUACCAAGACGGCGUCUAUGCCAUUGAUGCGGACAAGGAAUUCGAUAGCGCCAACAUCCUCAUGAACCUCGGAAAAUCCAUGGAAAAGCUCUUGACAUUACCGAAAGAGGACUUUGAGCGAUACCGCAGGUCAAGCGAUAAUAAGAUUACCCCUGAAGAGGAGCAAGCAGUACCGGAAUCCUAUCACUACUCUACUCUAGGUGAUUUCGUCAUGAGAUCCCAACUCGAUGCCUACGAUCCCCGGCUUCCUGGGACUGGAAUGUUUGACCUGAAGACACGAGCGGUCGUAUCUAUCCGCAUGGAUGCGCAGAACUUUGAGCACGGCCUUGGCUAUGAAAUCAAAGGUCAAUACGGCGCGUUUGAGUCCUACGAGCGUGAAUUCUUCGACAUGAUCCGGGCUGCUUUCCUCAAGUACUCGCUGCAAGUGCGAGUUGGCCGUAUGGAUGGUAUCUUCGUGGCCUUCCACAACAUCGAACGCAUUUUCGGAUUCCAGUACGUCAGCUUGCCGGAAUUGGACCAGACGCUGCACGGCCAGUCCGAUACUGCUCUGGGAGACGCGGAGUUCCGACUCAGUCUGGGACUCUGGAAUAAGAUUCUCAAUAAGGCCACGGAGAAGUUUCCUCAGCGCUCCCUGCGCUUCCAUUUUGAAACGCGCGACGCUGCGACUCCGUUCAUGUACAUUUUCGCGGAACCUGUGACCGAGGAGGAAAUCAACACUAUCCAGACGAGGAACGCAGCUGAAAUUAAUGCAUACCAGCAGCGAAUCUUGAACCUGUCACCAAAGGGCGAUGAGGACGAUGCUUCGAGUACAGCAGAGGCGCAAUCCGAGACUGAAGCCACGGAAGAGCACGCAAAGGAAGUAGACGCGACUGAGAAUGCCAUAUCGGAGUCGACAACACCUUCCGAUGGACCCUCUGAGACGCCUUCGGAGACGCCCUCUGAAGCGACAUCCUCAGAGGACCCUGCCACCACGGAGACAAAAAAGGAAGAAGAACCAACCGAACAGCGCGAACUAUUCGCCAUGACCCUCAUGGUCAAAAACAAGAUCAACGGCAAAGAAGUCGAGCGCCCCACCGACUAUAAAGCAACCCAAAACUGGCAAGUAGACUACGAGCUCAUCGAGCUCCCAACCGAAAAGGCACGAGUAAUCUACGGAUCCUGCCAACGCCGCCGCCAAAAGUCCCUCAUGGGCCGCGGCGAGGACGAGACGGAUGUUGCGGCUAAUGUGUACAUCCGCAAGCUCCGGGAGAUCAGCAAGGCAGGACGCAAGUUCCGGCAGGAGCAGGAGAAGCUUGAUAAGGAGAAUGGCGUUGUGGUUUUGGAUGAGUCUGCAUAAAAGCCUUGCUCUGUCUUUUCUUUUCUUUUUUCUUUUUCUUUUUUUUUUUUUUUU